AUGGCAGGAAGACUCAUUGAGGCGGCUGCUUGCCACCCAGCUUCAAAGGUGCCGCCGAGAGGGCAGAGCUCUGUCCACUCGCUCCCAUAUCGGCUGCGCAUUGGCACCUGCAGGAUCCUUCUGAUCCCUUCUGCAAAGAAGGGAGCUGAUUCCUAUGGGCUGUCUGAAAGGAGCUUUGAGCGGACCUAUAAUUGUAAGCUUUUGAGCCACAUGCCCGCCCCUGGAGGCAGUCCGCGGGACCGCAGGCUGGAGGCGCGCCGGCGUGAUUCCGACCGCGGGAGCCGGGAGGAGGAGCCGGAGGAGGCUGCGGGGGGCUCCGGCCCAGGCGAAGGAAGGGCAAGAGGCAUUUCGGACCGGGGGCGGCGCCGGGAGGCAUCCCCAUCCUCCGGCAGAACAGCUGCGAAUCGCCAAGUUGACCCCUCAUCCCUUCGCCGAGAGGAGAGGGUGUCUCAGGACCCAGGGAUGGGCGGGAAGAAACCAUGGGGAGCCACAAGUCUGCACCCAGGCGGGGAAGAGGCGGGCGGGCGCCGCUCCGCAGGCGCAGGGUGCAGGGCCCGAGGCAGAGGGCAGGGGACUGCGGAUCCGUCCCUGAAGCGGGACGCGAACCGGCAGAGUUGGGAGAAGGUAAACAAGGGCCACGCCCCCUGCCGUCGCCCCGCGGGCGCGCACCCGCCGCUCCGGCAGCCGCCGGUACAUUUCCACUCUCCCAGCGCCUCUCCCCAGCUGGACUCCCGCGCGGCCCCAGAGGUGGAGGCUGCCCCCGACCCCAGUCCUCACCCCUGGCGCCGAGGCUCCGCACCCUCCACACUCACCUGCAAAGGGUGUCCCCCGCCCCUCCAAAAAAAACUGUCUAAUUUGUGCAUAGCCUCCAACCCCAGUAGCCGAGCAUGCUGCCCCCGCGUGCAGCGCCCGCGUGCACCGGGCCCGGAGAGGGGGCGACAGGGCGGAGGCGGUGGCCCCCGGAAGGUGUCUGGGACCGGACCGGCUGCACGUGAGCCCAGCGCGAGGUCAUGUGCACCGGCUCAGCCCGGUUCGGCGCCCGGACGUGCUGCGUAUCAACAAAAUGAAACUCGGGGAGACAGGAGGGCAGAUAGCUCCAGGUUCUCAGAGCCCCCGCCCCGGCCGCUCGACCUCCCCACCGUACCCAUCUCCCGCCGCAGCCCCUACGCCCGACCGGAGCCCGCGGGGCAAGUUGCAGCCCUGACGCACCCCCGCCCGCCCGCGCCCCCUCGCCGGCCCGGGGGCGCUUUGCCGCAGUCAUUAAUAAAGAAGGUCGCCAAGCUCACCCUUCCAAAAGUUGUUGUUGCAUGCGCCCCUCUCAGCCUCCCCGCACUGUACUCUUUAAAACACGACUGACCAACAUGCGCAAUCUCUCUCCCCUGUGCUGUGCAUCCCCCCCCCCUCCGCGCUGGCUUCCUAGAACAGGCAGCCAGCAGGAGAGAGAGGGAGCGAGCGAGCAAGAGAGAGCGAGGGAGCGAAGAGCGCUGGCAGAUCGGUUGCAAAAACACCAAAUAACGUCGUGGAGAUGCGCAGGGCCCAUCCGCCGGGGGCUGGAUCUUACCUUGCUUCGCGGUGCCCCCCUGACUGGCGCUG